AGUGCCUGAUCCACCGAAACCCGCUGCCAAGAAGGGCGCCAAGAAAGCUCUGUCCAAACCGGCGAGCAAGUCUGGCAAGAAGCGCAAGAGGUCGAGGAAGGAGAGUUACAAAGUGAUGAAGCAGGUUCACCCCGACACCGGCAUCUCCUCCAAGGCCAUGAGCAUCAUGAAUUCAUUCGUGAACGAUAUCUUCGAGCGCAUCGCGGGUGAGGCUUACCGCCUGGCAGACUACAACAAGCGGUCCACCAUCAGCUCCCGGGAGAUCCAGACCACCGUGCGCCUGCUGCUGCCCGGGGACCUGGCCAAGCACGCCGUGUCCGAAGGGACAAUGGCGGUGACCAAGUACACCAGCUCCAACUGAAGAGAAGUUUACAGACAAAACAAACGGGAAAUUCAAAGGAUCAUUUAAGAGCCACUCACGCUUUCAGUAAAAGAGUUACAAAAUAUUGAGCCAUGGACUUGAGACAGCUGCACCAUAGACCCUGAAAGUGACAUCAGGAAUAUCUUCUCUGCAAGUUACAGUGAGCAUCUGGGUUAAAUCUGAUCAACAGCACAAGGUCAGAAACUUAGUGUCACUACCAAAAGUUCCAGCCAAUAGAAGUUCAACACUGUAUAAUGUGUGUUAAAGAAAUGUGAAAUAGUGCAACACUUGUAAUAAUAAUUAACAAUCAAUGAAGCAUACAAACAAUGUGUUCUUCAUUAGCAUUUAUUGUAAGACUGGAAGUGGUUACUACUGAUAUUGGCAACAUUUAUUCACCAUACCUAAUAUCUGUGCUCUUGAGAUUGUCCCCAUUAAACACAAAAUUAUUAUAAAUAAUUAAUUUUAGACGUACUUAUUUAAGACCAUAUGACAUAAGAGCAGAAUGAGAUAAUCUGGCCCAUUGAAUCAGCUCUGCCAUUCAAACACUGAUGAUCCUUUGUAUUAUCUCCUCCUCAACCCCAUGAGAAAGUAAGGAUACAUGGGAUCCAAGGAGACACUGCUUUGUGGAUCCUGAACUGACUUACCCCCAGAAGGCAAAAUGUGCUUGGAGACGGGUCAUAUUCUGCAUGGAGGCCAGAGUCCAGUGUUGUGCCUCAGGGAUCUAUUCUGGGACUCCAACUCUUCGUGAUUUUUAUAAAUGACUGAGAUGAGCUAUGCCUCAUAAACAGUGGACGAAGAAAACUGCUACCGCGAAGACCGCUCAUGUUGGAACAGAAUCAAGGCCUACUUCUACUGAAGAACCGCGGACUCAGGUACAACACACCACCGGUGAAACAGAAAAGGAGAGUGCGGCAGCAUCGGCCAUUUCUAAAGGGAAAGAUCAACGAGAACUGCGCAAGCGUAAAGGAACGAGCAUGCGCAAAAGAGAGCAACCAGAACUACAAAACCCAGCAACGACUGAAACCGACAGUGAAUCAAGUCUGAGAGAGAGGCGGACUCUCUGGAAAAAUCAGACGAAGAUGGAGAAGAAGAAGAAGAAGAAGAUGAAAGUUCCUCUGAAAAUACAAAAAAGAUUUUGAGGCAAAUAAUGCAUAAAUUAAAUGCAUUAAAAGUAAUUAAAAGUAACCAAAAAGUAAUUAAAGAAAACAAUAACAAAUAUGGAGGCUAUGUUUGAUAAAAUGACAAAGAAACAGGAAAAAAUGGAAAAGAAAAUUACAGAUUUGGACGUCAAAAUGGAAGAAAUAGAUGGAAGAAUGAAGAAGAUGGAAGAUGAUAAUGAUGCCUGGACAUCAGAAAGAAAACAACUCGUGGGAAAAAUUGAUAAGCUUGAAAAUUUUAGUAGACGCAACAAUAUUAAAAUUGUUGGACUUAAAGAAGGUACCGAAGGAGAAGACCCAAUAAUUUGUUUUCAAAAAUGGAUUCCUGAGAAAUUGGAAAUGGGAGAAGAAACUUUAAUUGAAAUUGAAAGGGUGCACAGAGCCUUAAGACCAAGAUCUCAAGAUGAUCAAAAUCCGCGAUCAAUUUUGAUAAGAUGUUUAAGAUACCAGGAUAAAGAAAAGAUUUUGAGGGCGGCUGCCCAGGGUGCUAAAAGAAGAAAAGGUCCGUUGAUGAUAGCAGAGAAACCAGUUCUUUUUUAUCCUGAUAUAAGUUAUUGUGGCGGCUCAUUUCCUAGCGUAUGCGAACCGACUCACAAUUAGAUAGCCUACGGGGGUUUGCGAGCACAGAGCUUUGGAGCCUCUUCGCCAUGGGGGGCCGGUUGACAGAGGCUUAAAAGUGAGGCUGAAGUUUUCGUAUAAAGUUUUUCCUUCGACUGCAGUUACCGACUCCGUGUCGUAAUUUUAGCGCUGCUUGUAGCACACCGCUACAAUUGGUGACCCCGACGGUCCAAACGAUUUUUGGACCAGAAAUGACCGACGCCGCCUCUGUUCAUGCGGUUUCGUUGAAACUGCCGGGUUUCUGGACACAGCGCCCGGACCUAUGGUUCCAGCAAGCCGAAGCCCAAUUCCACGUUCGCCGGAUCACCUCAGAAGACACCCGCUACUACUACGUGGUGGGCUCCCUCGACCAGGACACAGCUGCCCAGGUCGCGGAGUUCGUACAGUCGCCCCCGGCAGACGGCAAGUACACGGAAUUCAAAGCCCUGCUCCUCAGGACUUUCGGACUCUCACGGCGCGAGCGGGCUGCCCGUUUACUGCACCUGGACGGCUUGGGCGACAGACCUCCAUCGGCUUUAAUGAAUGAGAUGUUGUCUCUGGCCGAGGGACACACAGGCCUCAUGUUUGAGCAGGCAUUCCUGGAGCAGCUGCCCGAGGACAUACGCCUGCUGCUGUCCGACGCGGAUUUCAGUGACCCCCGGAAGGUGGCAGCCCGGGCGGACUUGCUGUGGAACGCCAAAAAGGUGAGCGGGGCGUCCAUCGCACAGAUCUCCCAGCCACGCUCCCGGCAGCAAACCAGUCCAGGCCCGGCCGCAGAGCCCACUAACCCCCGGCCCAAUGACCACUGGUGCUUCUACCACCAGCGGUGGGGCGCAGAAGCCCGCCGUUGCCGCCCGCCCUGCAAGUUCCCGGGAAACGCCAGGGCCAGCCGCCGCUGAUGGCUACGGCGGCUGGCCAUCGGGAUAGCCUCCUGUAUGUGUGGGAUAGCAGGUCGGGACGCCGCUUUUUGGUCGAUACUGGGGCUGAGGUCAGCGUUUUACCUCCGACGAGUUACGACACCCGCAGCAGGGCACCGGGUCCCCCCCUGAGGGCCGUGAAUGGCAGCACAGUAAGGACCUAUGGCACCCGUCAGGUGCAGCUACAGUUCGGCCCCAGCCAGUUCACGUGGGACUUCACACUGGCCGCCGUAGCCCAACCGCUUCUGGGUGCGGAUUUUUUGCGAGCUCACAGCCUGCUGGUUGACCUGCCCAGGAAGAGACUGGUACACGCCGAGACCUUUCAGACGUUCUCCCUGGGCGCGGCCCAGUUG